AUGGCAUGUUCGGUCCAACCCAGUAUUCAUUCAACUUCUAGCACGACGAAACCAUCUUCAUCUGAAAUUACGAUAUCAAGAAGCCUGACCGAAGACUUUGUUCAUAUUUCAAUUCAACCUUCGCAAGACGAAAAGCUCUCUUCAUGUAAUACUUGUUGUGUAGUUGAUACAUCAGGUUCCAUGUCAGAUGCAGCCGAAAUUCAAAAUGAUAAAAAUGAGAACUCAGGCAAUACAAACUUAUGGGAUGAUCUUCGAACCGGUCUUGAACAUCUUUCUAAACAACAAGAUUCAAUAAAAAGUAUCUCAGCUCUGUUUCUUUUGACUCAUGGUUGCCCUACUAAAAUACCAUCCGAUGGUCAUUUGGUAUCACUAGAAAAACUCAAGAAGAAUCUCAACUUUUUAUGUGCUAUUAACACUUUUGGCUUUGGAUAUAUACUGGAUAGCAAACUUCUUGAAGAUAUUGCUAUGUUGGGAAAUUCCGGUUCAUAUGCAUUUAUUCCUGAUGGAUCAUCUGUAGGCACAAUAUUUGUGAAUGCUAUAUCAACAUUGCUCACUACAGCAGCAACCAACGUACAGAUAAUAUAUUGUUUUUGA